AUGCCGGCGCCAUCAGAAUCGUGCGAGGAGUCGGAUUUCUCUGAACAGAGCGGUCAAGCCAACGAGUCAGCAAGACCUAAACUUGGUAAUAUAACGGAUACGAGAAGACGAGAAACCAAUCAAUCUCGUGCGAAUGUGACGGAUUCUAGCGAAAAUUCGGAAGAUGAGGAUCAGAAUGGCGAUGAAACAGGAGUAGCUGUGGCAAGGUUUGAGAUCCCUGACAAAGAUGAAGAUUUAUUAUCGAAUUCGUUGAGUGCAUUCAUCGUGUCUAAGGACAGCAUUACGUUGGAAACAGCACAGAAAGUCGUUCAAAGUUUCGAAAGCGCUGUCGAUGAUGAUGACUACGGUGCCAUCUAUACGUAUUUUGAUGAUCUCUUUAAUAUCUGCAGGAUCGAAACUACAAUUCGGCGAUGGAAUAUUUGGCUGGAGUUGAUCCAGUCAUUAAUUAAAGCAUUCAAGGCGUUCAAGCCCGACCUCGUCAAUGCUCUCUGCCACGCUGUGAGCGCUGGCGAAACUUUUCAGGAAAACUUGGCAGAAGUAUGCGCAGAUCGCGUGGAAAUCCUGCAAAUGCUCGUCUAUUUCAUUCAAAGAUAA